CUCGUUGCCGCCGCUGCUGCCUCCGCGCGGUUCGUGAGGCGUCGCCGGCAUCAUGUCGGCCAUGGGGACUCUCGCGUUCGACGAGUACGGGCGGCCGUUCCUCAUCCUCAAGGACCAGGAGCGGAAGACCCGCUCCACCGGGGUGGAGGCCCUCAAGUCUCACAUACUGGCAGCCAAGGCAGUAGCCAACACACUCAGAACAUCACUUGGGCCCAAUGGCCUUGAUAAAAUGAUGGUUGACAAGGAUGGUGAAGUGACGGUGACAAAUGAUGGUGCCACUAUCUUGAAUAUGAUGGAUGUGGACCAUCAGAUUGCAAAGCUGAUGGUUGAGCUGGCGAAAUCUCAGGAUGAUGAGAUUGGGGAUGGAACCACUGGGGUUGUUGUCCUUGCAGGUGCAUUAUUGGAACAAGCAGAGCACUUGUUAGAUCGUGGUAUUCAUCCCAUCCGAAUAGCCGAUGGUUAUGAACAGGCUGCUCGCAUUGCCAUUGAAAACCUGGACAAGAUCAGUGACAGUUUUCCAGUUGAUCCAGAAAACACUGAGCCUCUCAUUCAGACAGCAAAGACAACUCUGGGCUCUAAAGUAAUUAAUCGUUGCCACAGACAAAUGGCAGAAAUAGCUGUAAAUGCGGUGCUAACCGUGGCAGAUAUGGACCGCAGAGAUGUUGAUUUUGAGCUGAUCAAAGUGCAAGGAAAAGUGGGUGGCAGACUGGAGGACACGCAGCUAAUCAAAGGCGUGAUUGUGGACAAAGACUUUAGCCAUCCACAAAUGCCUAAAGAAGUUAAAGAUGCUAAGAUUGCAAUUCUGACUUGUCCAUUCGAGCCUCCGAAGCCGAAAACGAAGCAUAAGCUCGAUGUCACUUCUGUUGAAGACUACAAGGCAUUGCAGCAGUACGAGAAGGAGAAGUUUGAGGAGAUGGUGAAGCAGAUCAAAGACACCGGGGCAAACCUUGCCAUUUGCCAGUGGGGAUUCGAUGAUGAAGCCAAUCACUUGCUGCUUCAGAACGAGCUGCCCGCUGUUCGCUGGGUUGGUGGCCCCGAAAUAGAAUUGAUUGCCAUUGCAACGGGAGGCCGCAUUGUUCCUCGUUUCUGCGAGCUCACACCUGAAAAACUGGGCUUUGCUGGUGUGGUCAGAGAACUCUCAUUCGGAACAACGCGAGACAAAAUGCUGGUGAUUGAGCAGUGUCAGAAUUCUAGAGCUGUGACCAUCUUCAUUAGAGGUGGAAAUAAAAUGAUCAUCGAAGAAGCCAAGCGGUCCCUGCACGAUGCAUUGUGUGUCAUAAGGAACCUGGUUCGUGACAACCGCAUCGUGUAUGGUGGGGGCGCGUCUGAGGUUUCCUGUGCGCUGGCUGUUAGUGAAGCUGCGGAUAAGUGCCCAUCACUGGAGCAAUAUGCCAUGAGAGCUUUUGCAGAUGCCCUCGAAGCGAUUCCAAUGGCCCUUGCUGAGAACAGCGGGAUGAAUCCCAUACAAACCAUGGCUGCAGUGCGAGCUCGGCAAGUGAAAGAAGAAAACCCUGCCCUGGGCAUGGAUUGCUUACGCAAAGGGACAAAUGAUAUGAAGGAACAACACGUCAUAGAAACUUUAAUUGGCAAGAAGCAACAGAUCUCUCUGGCCACGCAAAUGGUCAGAAUGAUUCUGAAGAUUGAUGAUAUCCGCAAGCCGGGUGAAACUGAAGAAUAAAAGCCGAAACAUCCCCUCAGUGAACACAUCAGCAGAAUUCCAACUUUUCCCCUCAUGGGUUGUUUUUGUUAUACUUACUUAAAUCAAUAAAUUAAUAUUGUGGCCUCAGCUGUACUUCAGAAA